AAAACAAUGAUUAUUACACUUUUUUUGUUUUUGUCAUUCUCUGAUUCUGGUGCGACCCGCGCGACUCGAACACACUUCCCAGUGCGCUUGUUUUCAUUGCGUAUGACGAGCCGUAAUUCAUGAAGUAAUAAUGUACUUUUGCACUGGCAAUUCGAGAGGUGGCGCAUAGUGAGGCCAAGAAAUUUCGGGGCUAUAAAAGAACGUCGCUUCCUCGAUUUUCUCUGUCCUAAGGAUACGUUACAUUUGACAUCGUCGCGCCAUCGCCAUCGACAGUCUUGCCAGGUCUUGCCGUAGCCUUCCAUCGUGUAGCCUUCCUUGUUCCCAACGUGCACGAUGCCGAAACCAUAUAGGGUCGUGAAAUUCCCUGACGAGCAGGACAGCUUGGCAGUUGUGCCAACAUCAUGGCUGACACAAAAUGAUGAGCUUUGCUUCUGGCCCCACGGUGUCAGGGGGUCAGAAGUAAUUACCAUGAUCGAGAACAAGGUUGCCCCACAACAAGAUUGGGGAAGGUAUCCCGUUGUUGUGAUGGCGAGGUGCAGCACUUACGACAAGGCAACAAGAAGAGUGAAAAGAGCAGAAGCUGUGUCUGGUGUAGACACUACAGAGCAGUCGGGUGUGCCGGGAUUGUGGAGUGGGGUUGAGUUUAAGCUCCGACGCUUGCUGCCAGCAUUCUUGGAGGAGCUAGAGGCAGCAGAGGCAGCAGUAGGUGACGAGGCUGUGGCUGCCACCUUGCGCAAGCACCUCUUACGGAUAGGAGGGAACUCUCUCCGUGAGGUGGCAGCGAAUGCCAUGAAGGCUGUGAUGGCACAUCCGGUGCAAGUGCUGUACAGCCUUUAUGGCAGAAAAGGCAAGCGAGCCUUCGUUAAUUUGAAGCUUUGCCGUAUAGUCACAGAUGUUGUCUGUGAGAAGGGCCAUGUCGACGUGGUGGCGGCCCAGAGCUUCAUAAAGAAGUGGUUGCCAGGGUCUGUGGACAGGGGUGGCGGCAGGAAGAGGCGUUUCACCGAAACGUUUGCAGCAGAGGAGCCCAAUGAUUCCUGCCCUCGGGACAGGAAUCAUUGCUUAACCCCUGCUGCCCUCUCCCUACCCCACCCUGGCCCUCAGAGCCCUGGCCUGUUCACCGACCCCAGCUGUCCAGCUGCCUCCCCUGCAGAGGUGCAGUUCUGCACAAGGCCUGCAGCCAUGUAAUUUAUAAAUAAACCAAGUUAUUUUCAUUUAAGAUUUGCUUCCA